GGGUGGGGAAGCCCCAGGGCGCUGCCACUGCUUUCCUCGCCACGCGUCAGGCCAGACAGGACAGAGAGGGGUGGGGGACAGUCCUGUGUGCAUUCAGACUCCCGGCACUUUGCUAUCGCACGGCUGGGGCUCCAGAGCGGCAGAAAGUUCCGGGACAACCUCUGCCGCUCCUCUGGGCUAGGCCAGGACUGCGCCGCCCCCCGCCGGGAGAUGGAGCUGCUGUCGCCGCCGCUCCGCGACGUGGACUUGACGGGCCCAGACGGCUCUCUCUGCUCCUUUGCCGCGGCGGACGACUUCUAUGACGACCCAUGUUUCGACUCCCCAGACCUACGCUUCUUCGAGGACCUGGACCCGCGCCUAGUGCACGUGGGCGCGCUCCUGAAGCCCGAGGAGCACUCGCACUUCCCUGCGGCCGUGCACCCGGCCCCGAGCGCGCGCGAGGACGAGCAUGUGCGCGCGCCCAGCGGGCACCACCAAGCGGGCCGCUGCCUACUGUGGGCUUGCAAGGCAUGCAAGCGCAAGACCACCAAUGCCGACCGCCGCAAGGCCGCCACCAUGCGCGAGCGGCGCCGCCUGAGCAAAGUUAAUGAGGCCUUCGAGACGCUCAAGCGCUGCACGUCUAGCAACCCGAACCAGCGACUGCCCAAGGUGGAAAUCCUGCGUAACGCCAUCCGCUACAUCGAGGGCCUGCAGGCUCUGCUGCGCGACCAGGACUCCGCGCCCCCUGGCGCCGCCACUGCCUUCUAUGCGCCCGGCCCUCUGCCCCCAGGCCGCAGCGGCGAGCACUACAGCGGCGACUCGGACGCGUCUAGCCCGCGCUCCAACUGCUCCGACGGCAUGAUGGACUACAGCGGCCCCCCGAGCGGUGCCCGGCGGCGGAAUUGCUACGAAGGCGCCUAUUACAGCGAGGCGCCCAGCGAACCCAGGCCCGGGAAGAGUGCGGCCGUGUCGAGCCUCGACUGUCUGUCGAGCAUCGUGGAGCGCAUCUCCACGGAGAGCCCCGCCGCACCCCAGCUCCUGCUGGCCGACGCGCCACCGGAGUCGCCUCCGCGCCCGCAAGAGGCGGCCACCCCAAGCGAGGCCGAGCGCGGCGCCCCCACUCCGUCCCCGGACGAUACCCCCCAGUGCCCUGCGGGCGUGAACCCCAACCCGAUCUACCAGGUGCUCUGA